GUUACGAAUUCUCCAAAUACAGCAAAUGAUGCAGAAAAGAGAGGGUACUUAGUGUGGCCUAAAGGUGAUAAACCUUCUGCAGCUUGGAAUCCGAGUGAUACAAUCGCAACUGACCAAAAACAAGCAGAUCCAGCGAUUGAAGACAUAAUGCCCAAAGAUGGCAGUCGUUGGAAAGUGAUUGGCGAUGGAGGACAGGAAGGAUGGCAGGUUGUGGACGAUAAAGGAGAUGUGGAAUGGAAAAUCGAAUAUGAUCAAGGUGAGUGGCGAGUAACUAGCGCGGGUGAUGCUCCAGCUGACGUGGAAUGGGCUGAUCCAGAUUACUUGUGGGAACCAGCCGAUGGAUCUUUAUCAGAAGAGGAUGACUACAGUUGGCCAGUGGAUGAUUAUGCAUACGUUUCACCUUGGGCUGAUCCUGGACAGUAUGUGAGAGGUUCUGGUAACUAUUCUUGGCCUGCAGCUGGAGAUGGGAAUCUAACUGGAGAACAUGUUAAAGCAUCUGGAAUCCAAGUGCAGCCAAUUAACACAGAUUGGCGAAUCGGAAAUCCCACCGGCAACACGAACAUCGAAAAGACGGAAAGAAUACAAUUUGGAACCAGACACAGAACACAAUCUAAUGACAACAUAAGAUCAAAUCCAGCUGAAGAUAGAACAGAUAAAACUGAAGACUCAGACAAAUUAGAUCAUACUGACAUUUUGCCAGAAAAUAAACCUCAAGCUGAUGAAGUAAGAACGGACGCUAAAUCUUGGAAUCCGAAUGCAGUUGCUGUCAAAAAUGGACCUGAAUGGGUUCAAGGAUACGGCAGUAAGACAUGGGAAGGGGACAAUACUGGAUGGAAUGUAGCUUACGGUGGUGACACCUGGCUUGCUGCAAACAAAGAUCUGAGCUCAGGACAAUGGGUUCCGAAAGCAGUGGCAGGUCAAGUUCAAGUUUUGCCACAGAAAUUAGUUGUUGAUCCUGGAAUACCAGGAAAACUUGAAAAUCCGAUUCGAGCUUGGGGCACAGGCUAUGGAAGCAAAACAUGGAAAGGAAAUGAAUGGAAUAGCAAUGUUGUUUGGAAUACAGGAUUUGGAGGUGCGUUGCCUUGGAGUGCGGACAACGUAACAUGGACAUUCCCUAAUAAUCAGAAUGAAUAUGGGUACGAAGGCGAAAACAAGAAACCCGUUACAUGGUCUCAGCCUCUACCUAACAGCAAUGCCAACUUGAAUGAGACUCCAGGCUCGACUCUCAAAGUGGAUGGUGUACGAAUCAAGUGGCCUUCAAGACCUAUAAGUGGUACUGUUAAGAAAUCUCCUCCAAACAGAAGAACUGAAGGAGAAAGUUGGGGAGAUGAUUCCAGUUCUGGAGGAGUUGUGUGGAAAGUCCAGAAAGCAAAUGAUACACCAUCUAAUGAACCGACAGGUAAUAAACAAGAUUUGUGGAAAAGUGGUGGUGAUUGGAAAGCUGGGGCACAGGAUCAAGAUGGAAAAGCAGCACCUGUCCCACCAAAAACAAGUGCUCCUCCAAAAAGCAGUAAUCUGUUAAGUGUUGCAUGGAAAACAACAGGAGAUUCACCAGUUGAUGCCGUUCCAGUAGUAAGGGCACCAUGGAAUCAAGUUCAGUGGCCAAAUCGCGAUUCCAGUAAUGGACCAACAUGGACUUUUGGAGGUUGUAAAAUGACCAUCAAAUGUGGCGUUCCUGAAAGCGAUGAUGCUGAUGAUAGUCCAGAGCUAAAUAUUUCUGACGACAGCGACUCUUCUAUGCCACCCACAGAUGCUCCACCAGUGAUUUCUCCAAAAGGAUGGCCAAAGAAGCAGAAUAAGGAAAAAAGUUGGAUACCCCCCGCCAAAACGUUGGUUUCCACCAAGUUGGAAGAAAUCAACACCAGCUCCAACAACCAUGACGUGGCCACCAACGACACCUCCUGUUAUGACAACUAA